UUGCACCUGGGACUCCAAGACCCAGGUUGCUCGGUCUCCUUCUCCAGGGACGCCGAUGAACGGCUUGAUCGUUUGACCGGAGAGGCUGGGGUGUGGGAAACUCACGAAGGAUAACCGCUCGGAUGGUUUUGAUGGUUUCUUACAGAUGAUCUACCACAAUGGAUAAAUACGAUGUUAUCAGGCAGAUUGGUGAAGGAGCAUUUGGAAAAGCUUUCUUGGUUAAAGCCAAAGGUGACAGCACACAGGUUGUGAUAAAACAGAUCAAAAUGGCAAAGAUGCGCCAGAAAGAGAGAGAAGCUUCUUUUAAAGAAGUGGUGCUUAUGGGAAAAGUGAAGCAUCCUAACAUUGUUACACUUCUGGAUUCAUUUGAAGAGAGACAAAACCUAUACAUAGUAAUGGAGUACUGUGAUGGUGGUGACCUGAUGCACAGAGUCAAUAUGCAACAAGGUGUUUGGUUUGAAGAGGACCAGGUCUUGGACUGGUUUGUACAAAUCUGUUUGGGACUGAAGCACAUUCAUGAUAGGAAGAUCCUGCACCGGGACAUUAAAACACAGAACAUUUUUCUUUGUAAUAAUGGAAAAACUGCAAAACUAGGAGACUUUGGAAUAGCACGCAUGUUGAACAAUACCAUGGAGUUAGCACAUACAUGCAUAGGAACACCAUACUAUUUAUCUCCUGAAAUAUGUGAAAAUCGACCAUACAACAACAAAACUGAUAUUUGGUCUCUUGGAUGUGUCCUAUAUGAGUUAUCCACUCUGAACCAUCCAUUUGAAGGCAAUAAUUUACAUCAGUUAGUGGUGAAGAUCUGCAAAGGUCACUAUGCGCCAAUACAUCCCAGAUACACUUAUGACCUGCGGAUCUUGUUGGCUCAGCUAUUUAAAGUUAAUCCCCGUGACAGACCAUCUAUCAAUUCAAUAUUAAAAAAGCCAUUCUUAGAAAAGCGUAUCAGAAAAUACCUAAGUCCUGAGCUGUUAAAGGAAGAAUUCAGCCAUACAGUCAUUCAUGGAAGGAAGUCGUCAUCACCCAGACCUACUAAGACUACCCCAAGACCAGCUCCAAAGAUACAAAAAGGUAAAUGUGAUGUGAAGAAACCAAUGAAGCAAUGUGUGAAUAAGAAACUGCUACCAGCUCAUUGUAGAUGGAAGCCAGCAGGAGUGGUUAACAGACCAAAUAUCAAGCAAUUUAACCACCUAUCACCUGUGAAACCACAGUCUCCCAAGUCUGAUGGACGAUACGGACAUUAUCAUGGUUAUCUAGAUUACUUGGAGAACAGACGAAAUGAACACUUAGCUUCACCUGUGCCCAAUUUCAACUGUUUAAUUGAAGAUCAUAGACAGAGGGUGAAUCAAGAUGCAAUCCAAUGGCCACAUGUGGCACACGAACAAUACAUUCAAAGGAAAAUGGAAGCACAACAAUAUAAGAUUAAAGUAGAGAAACAAUUGGGUAUACGCCCACCGUCAUCAGACCCUUCUGGUCAUCGAAAACAGUACCCCGAUGUACAGGCUAGACAGCAUUCUGAUGAAAAAAGAAAGAAAAAAGGAACACAUGACAAGGAAUACUGUGAGCAACUUAAGGAAAUAAGGCAACAGUAUCAGUAUGAGGUGAAAGAAAUUAAAGAAAAAAUAGAAGAACAGGAGAAUCACACUUGUGUUUCAAGUGAGACGUAUGAUGUCAACCACGCAAGUCCCAGAGAUGAAAUGGCUUAUCUUCAGGAGCUCAGCAAAGAGAAAGAUCCUGGUCAGGUUAUUGAGGAAGAACUGAAACAGAUGAGAUUUCACCAUUCAUUGGAAAGUGAAGAAGUAGAACAAGAACACAAGGGUGGUAUAAAGUUUGAAAUACGGCUGGAUGGAGAACUGCAUCAUGAAGAUUCCCAGCAAAAGGAGGAAUUGGAUCUUUUAAACAAGAGACUGACCCACAAGGAAGGUAACAACCUUAAACAAAAGAAAUGGCAGUUCAUCAAGGCAGGAAGUUUUAUGGAUGACCUAGCGAGUAAAACUUUGGAAGUUACAUCUUCUCACAUGGAAGCUACUUCUGCAGUUGACCAGGUCAUUGUGAUGGAAGCAGAUGUUUCAAGAAACAGGAAUCAAUGGGAACUGAAACGACCUGAUACUCUGCUGAAUGCACUAAUGGCUGCUGAACUGUCUUCAGUUGGUCUGACUGUUUCUGCAGACAACACCGAUGGUAGAUCAACUCCUUUGAGACCAACAGAGGAGAACAGUGAUUCUGAGUCAAAUUCUCUCUCUGACAUCGAAGUAGAUAAUGAACGACUGGAGCCCAGAUCUGAUGAUGAUGACACAAAUUUUGAAGAAUCAGAAGAUGAACUCACAGAACAGCUGGUGGAGUCCUUGCAAGAACUAAUUGGUGAACCAGCAGAAACUGAUAAUAAUGAAGGGAAAGGAGCUAGUCAAAGUAUACAUGGUGGACAGGGAGAGGAGAGUGAGGAUCUCACGGAAAUGAAUGCCCUCAAUACUGAAAGCAAGCCAGGGCAAUGCUGUGAUCAAAACAAAAUGCCUGUACCUGAUUCAGUUAAGACUGCACAGAACAAAAUGCAACUUCCUGAGAAUGUUUAUGGGUAGUUAUAUACUCUACAGCCAAUGAACUAGAAUGUCAUUCCAAACAUCCCAAAUCUAGAAUUUUGAUUAUUUUAGACAAAAACUAAUUCCUCAAGCUGUUACUUGCAUAUAUUCUAUUUUGACUUUCACUUGCAGUAACCAACUGAACAGACCAUCCAAUCUGCAUCAGAUGAAUAUAUAAUUAUUUUAUGUUCCUCCCCAGCGAGUAAAUGUGUGUAAGUAUGGUCAUAUCUGGAAAAAAUUAGCAAAGUUGCCACCUUAGCAGAAACAGUUUUAGGUCUGCUUGCCUACUCAUCACAUGGAAUUUACUUAUUUGGUCUCAAUAUUUUUUAGAAAACAUGCCAUUGAGCCUGUUCGUAAAGAUUUUAAAAUAGAUUUGAUUGGCACCUUUAAAGAACUAUUAAAUUUAAUACCAAUUAUAGGACAGUUAAUCAUAAUCUGUCUGAUGGAAGCAUCUUCUGAUGUAUGAAUGCACGAUUCAGCUGUGUGGUACUGCUGCUGCUGCAACUACACGUCUUGCAUCCAUUGCCAUCUUGUGAGAAGAGGACUUAAAAUUAACAGCCCUCUUCUCACAAAUAUUCAUUUUUAAAAACUUUUUUCUUGUUUGUGCCCACCACACACAUUGUGAGUUAUGGAUCCAGUGACAUUUGCAGGAGUAAUCAGUGGCAAAAGCAGCUAUUUUUGGCAACACUGCCAGAGGUGAUCAAUGAACAGUGCUUGCUGGAGUAAAGUCCCAAUGUCAUACCAGGGACACGUACUGUGUCAUGUGGCACCACAAUUAUGCUCAUUGGGAUACAAUAGGAAUGGUUCUGAACACUCAGAAGUAGGCAUACAAGAAGUGAUCUGGAGCAGACUUUGCCAGCAAACAUUCAAAAAGCAAAUUUAAAGUUCAAACUUUGAACUUUAAAAAAUUAAGACUUUCUGAAACAGUAGAAUACAGCAAAUAUUCAAGAUAUUAUAGCUGCAAUUUUCCUCCAAAACGCAAUUUGGUUGACACCAAAUGAGGGUAAGUAAGAGAUUACCACCACAUGGGCAGUCAGCUGUUCCCCAGUCAGUGUAAUUCAGAUUGCAACAACUUACAAGCCCUACUGGCUGAAUAUACAGUGAAUUCAGGUUAAUUGUGCCAUCGGUUAAUGGGGGCAGCCAGUUAUUUGGAACAAAUCUUAACAAAAACUAUUAGAGAAAAUAACUGGAUUUCUUUCAUUUAUUUAGAACACUUUUCCAGUUAGUUGGGUCAGGAGACUGUUGCUGAACAGUUUCUAACUAGCAUUAGUCAUGUGCACUUAUGUGGCCAUUAGAUACUACAUCAUGCUUCAAGUGAACAGGUUUUAAAUAAUACCAGUUGCAUAUACAAACAGUAGUGAUUUUUGUCACUGUGGUUUCAAGCAUUCAGGCAUGGAGAUGCCAGAAAUAGCUGGGAGUGAAAGUAAAAUGAUUUCACUACUUCAACAAGUUAGGAACCAUGAAGAAUUUGAAGGUAUUGACAAUCAUCUUGAAAGUUACAAUGAAAUUGAGGAUUUGGAGGAUGGAAUCAUUAAAAACAUUGAAUAAAGGUAGUUCAUUAUCCUCACUUGAUGUCCACGCUGAUAUUGUUCAUUUACAGUAAGUCAAAAGAACACACAGUGUACACUGGGUGAAUUCCUCCAUCAAUAGCAAUUAGCAACUAAUACACAGUUUUAUGGUACUGUAGUAAUAUUGGUAGUAUUCUAAGUUAUUCCAUAUUUCAUUUAAUUAUGUAAUUUUUUACCAAAAUGUACUGGUCCUGAUGUUCCCCAAUGAACUGGAAUCCACUGUAAUUGCAAAUGUUUCUGAAUUAACUUUAGCACUCCCAUUCCUGGGUCUGCCAUUCAAUAAAUAAAGGAGAUACUGCCUCCUGGUAACUGUUCAAUUGUCUGUUAUCAUUCGUGACUAAAUCUGUUUUUGCAUGCUGCUUGUAUUCUGUGCUGCAGUUUCAGCAGAUUAACAACUCAAUAUUAGGUACAUGGUUUUAGACCUGGCAAGACCUUCUGCAUCUCACAAAUCAGCAUCUAUCUGACCUUCAUCCAACAAUGUUGAUAUACUUACCUUUAUAAUCUAAGUUUUAUGGCUAUUGUACUCUUAGCAGUUGUUAUUAUCUUUACACUUCCUUAUGUCAAGUUGUUUAUAUCACUACUGAAACAGCAAACAAGGCAAAUGAACUUGAAAAUAAAUUA